AGAAAACCGUGUCCCUGCCUCGCCUCUGAUUUCACGCCCAGAGAAACUCCUGGCUGCUGCUUAUCAGAGCCCCUCCUCGGCUCUCGUCCCUCACCCUCCUGCCCUGGCGCUCUGCCUGGAGCAGAGCGACUUUCUUAAGACCUGUCUUGCUCUCCAUGCCUGCCGCACAGGCUGGCUGAUGGGCAAACAAGCUCCCCAUCAUCUCAUGCAGGGCUUGCUGCCAGCCAAGCCGUGCCUACCCAAGCUGGGAUUGCCCCAAACUGGGCCCGAGCGGCUCCUCCCCCAACGCAAGGUUACACCUCUCUUCCCUACGCCUGUCAGCGAACAGCUGGACUUCUCUGGUUACAUGUGUGCAACCAUUUAAAAAACACAUCCAGGCUGGCUUACUCAGCAGAUUAUAAAAGAGUGAUUUACAAAAUGCAGCUUUCUUCCAGAUCAGCCCGUGCCGCUGUAUUUAUGUGACUGAAGGUCUCAGCUGAUCCCUUCUUUUCUUGUGCAGCCAAGAGGUUUGCAGCGGCAGCAACAGCCACGGCCAGUACAAUACUAAAAAGAGAGAACCUGCUACCCAGACCAAUUACACAAGACGUGUCCUGAGAGAUGUCUAGGAGAUUAGAAGAGACAACCAAACAAAAGGUUUUACAAAAAUCUGGGAAGUAAGAUAGGUAGAAAGUUGUACUUGUGUCUAAAUGUACGGAUUGGUAAAUAGCAAUGACAUGCUGAAUUCCCUUAUGAGAGGGUGAAGCACAAGCUGAGUAUGGUAGAGUAAGAAAAUACCUGGUUAACACCUUGUGCUUCUGAUCUAUGGAAGAAAUAGUGCGCAACGGCACUUUUAAGUGGACAGAUAUAAAAGGGAAGAAAAGAAACUUGUCAGGCAUUGCAACAGAAAAGGUUGUGUCAUGAAGUUGUGAUAUCUUAAGGCAUUGAGUGAAGUUCCGAAAGCCCAAAACUCGACUGGGUUUUAUAAAAGACUGAUUCCCAAUGCUUAAUGGCCAAAUGUUCAAUGCAUUCACAGAUUAUGAGAAUAUUUAGUUUAUAUUAAUCAGGACAUAGAAAAGGAUUGAAACCUUCAUGACUUAGGGACAACCACUCACUGAGAGGUUUAAGGUAGUUAUGUCUACUGCAAUCAAGCAAAUCCUUAAGGGAUGGGUUACAAUCUCCUGGAGCAACUGACUUGACACACUAGGCCAGGUCUGAUGAGAAAUCAAGAUCCAUUUUGAGCGGUGAGGGUGAGAUGAGGAUUGCAAGUCCCACACAGCAGUUGGCAGUCUGAUGGUUCAGCAAAUGCCAAGUAUCACAACCUUGAACCCCACGUGAACAUCAAUGGGCAGAGCCUGCAGAGAGCAAAUCAGCAACUGACCAGAGCUCCACGGCCCACCUGUAACGUAAAUUGAACAUCAAUAGGCAGCAACGGGAGGGAGCAAAUCAGCAACCGAGCCAGACCUCCACCACCGCUCCCACUCUUUGAUAAAAGCUGGCUACCAGGCUGUGCUCGUCCCUACUCGCAAGAACCAGAUCAGUUACACCAAUGGCUCAAGACGGAGUGCAGUACUAUCACUCAGAGAAAGACUUUAUCUUGUCCCCUCACAGUAAGAAGGUUCCUAAAAGGAUGGCAUCCCUCUUGGAGAUGAAAGAAAUCUUCCGCAAUGCUGAUGCAGUAUGCUUCGAUGUGGACAGUACGGUCAUCAGGGAAGAGGGCAUUGAUGAGCUUGCGAAGUUCUGUGGAGUCGGAGAUGCCGUCGCAGAGAUGACCCGCAGAGCUAUGGGUGGCACUGUGACAUUCAAAGCAGCUUUAACGGCACGACUAGGUCUCAUACGUCCCUCCUAUGAGCAAGUGCAGAAAUUAAUAUCUGACAGCCCACCUCAGCUAACACCAGGAAUAAGGGAGCUGGUGAACAGGCUUCAUCAACGAGGGGUCCAGGUAUUCUUGGUCUCAGGGGGGUUUCAGAGCAUCGUGGAGCACGUGGCCUCGCAGCUGAACAUUCCAACAGCAAACGUCUUUGCCAACAGGCUGAAGUUUUACUUUAAUGGAGAAUAUGCAGGAUUUGAUGAAACACAACCAACAGCUGAAUCAGGGGGAAAAGGAAAGGUUAUUACUCAGCUGAAGGAACAGUUCCACUUUAAGAAAGUAGUUAUGAUUGGAGAUGGAGCUACAGACAUGGAAGCCUGUCCCCCCGCUGACUGCUUCAUUGGAUUUGGAGGAAAUGUAAUCAGAAAGCAAGUGAAGGAGAAAGCUAAAUGGUACAUUACUCACUUUGACGAACUGCUAAAGGAACUGGAAGAACGAUAAAUUAUACAGUAAAAUAAUAUAUUUAACAACUAUAAAUCCAUUAUACAAUGCAAUUAAACAUAUAUUUGUUUGCAAAGUUGUGUUCUGGAUUUUUUAAUGAUUCUGGGUGUUGGGUACCUUCCUCUCUGGCCUGAAACUCAUGUUACAAAUGGCACCAUUCUACUUAAAUAUUUUGUAAUGAAAAUGGUAAGAUUUUUUUAAAACAUCUUUUCCAAGGUGGAAGAAGUCAGUUGAUUAUUCACUCAUAAGUGAAGACAAAAGGUAGGAUAUUAUCAAGAAGUUAGAAAUACCUUAAUGGAUUGGCCCCUGGUCAAUACUGCGUAUCUAGUGUUUCAGAAUCAUUGAAACUAAUACCUCUAUGUAUUUUGGGCGGCAAAGGAAGGAGGGGGCCACAAACGAGAAGUCUGCCUAAUCAAUAAUAAUAAAAAUAAAUAACAGAGGCAAACAGCAUCUAAGUACUUUCCAUUCCAAAGAAUAUCAGAACUAGUUUAAACAGUGAACAGAUAGGUAGGAAACAUUACCAAGUAUCUGAUUUCAUUAAAAUAUGGCUACGGGAGAACCUGAGAUGUCAUCUGUUACUCAACAUCACUGUUACUCAACCUGCUAUCUGAAAGACAAGAGACGCAUGCAAAUCUGAGAUACAUGCAAUAUUCAUCAGUGUCCAAGAAGUAUAUUUUAAGGCGAGUGAUAUAGUGGUUCCCAUACCUCAUUAAAAUACUUUAAACUGCAAAAUGGUGAUUUUGUAAAAUGGUCACAAUGUUUACUUACCAUUUUAUUUAUUUAACAAUCCCCCCCCCAUCAACCUGUAACUGGAUGGAAGCUAAUUCAUCAGCCUUUAAAAUAAAGGUCUACUGAUUAAGAAAAUAGUGUGAAACUUAUCUAGCCUCUUCCUCUGCCUCAAGUGUGGAUCAACCACCCUUAAACUGUUUGUACUAGAAGUAAGUCUAACCUGUUCUAAGCCAGUACUUCUCUGAGCUUCAGCUAAUGAAUCCUAGUUCCUUAAGGAUUUGUCUUUUGUGGCUACAGUGUCUGAUCUCUUAGAUAAAUGCUACCUUUUUGCCAGCAAGUUCCUGGCAACUCUUCUGAGUAUGUCUUUUUAACCAGCUUUGCUGACGCAUCAUGGUACUUUUAUUUCCCUGAUUUGUAAGAAUGUCACCUCUGAUAAU